AUGGCAGCCAUGUUGGCAUGCGAUGAAGGCGCCGGUGGGAACGAGGUGGUCGCUGUGAAGGGGCUGCAGCAUUCCGAGUAUGGGCACUGCAGCAAUGAGCAGUACCGAUGGACGUCUAAGUACGAUCGGAGCCGCCUGGGCAUCACCGAGGAUGAGAGCCCGAGCUACUGGACGGUGAUCACUACGUACAUGAUCUACAUCAUGUUGAUCUUGUUCGGGCAUGUACGCGACUACAUCGGAUGUCGCCUGUAUCCCCGGGACUUUGCCCACUUGCGGGAGAACAAUGGCUAUGCGGCACUCAACUCGGACUUUGACAGCUUCUUCACGCGCCGGCUCAAGAUGCGCAUCGACAACUGUUUUGAGCGACCGGUCACGGGUGUGUGUGGCCGCACGGUCGUGAUGCUGGAGCGCAAGUCGAACGAUUACCACCGAACCUUUUAUCUCACAGGGCGCAAGCGCCGUGCGCUAAACGUGAGUGCGUAUAACUACCUGGGCUUUGCGCAGUCGCACGGCGAGUGCGCGGACAACGUCGAGACCGGACUCGACCUGUACGGCAUCUCGAGCGGCGGCGCGCGCCUGGGCGUCGGCACGCUCGAUCUGCAGGUGCAGGCUGAGAAGAUGGUGGCGGCCUACCUGCAGCAGGAGGACGCGAUGCUCGUGAGCAUGGGCUAUGCCACGAACAGCACCACGAUCCCGGCGAUUGCCGGGCCAGGCACGCUGAUCCUCUCGGACGAGCUGAACCACACGUCGCUGCGUGCUGGUGUGCGUAUGAGCGGCGCAAACAUUCGCACGUUCAAGCACGGCGACAUGGCAAACCUGGAGUCGCUCUUGCGCGAGUGCAUCAGCCAGGGACAGCCACGCACGCACCGCCCGUGGAAGAAAAUUGUGCUGCUCAUUGAAGGCCUGUACUCGAUGGAGGGCACGAUCGUGGACCUGCCGCGUGUGCUGGAGCUCAAGCGACGCUACCGCUUCUACCUGUAUGUCGAUGAGGCGCAUUCGAUCGGAGCACUGGGCCCGCACGGCCGUGGCGUGUGCGAUUACUUUGGCGUGGACCCGAACGAGGUCGAUAUACAUAUGGGCACGUUUACCAAGUCGUUUGGGGCGGUGGGUGGCUAUAUCGCAGGCAAGAAGGCGCUGAUUGACCGCAUCCGCCUGGCCAACUUUUCGAACGUGUAUGGCGAAACGAUGGCGCCCCCUGUCAUGGUGCAGAUCCUAUCGACGAUCGCUACGAUCAUGGCCGUGGGCCGCACGCCUGAAAAGCGCGCGCUGCUGCCGGCGUGGACGCACUUUUCCGAGCCGUUCCUCGCGGGCAUCGAGGGGCAGCAACGCCUGCAGCGCCUCGCGUUCAACGCGCGGUACCUGAACCAUGGGCUGCGCAAGCUUGGCUUUAUUAUCUGGGGCAGCCGCGACAGCCCUGUGAUUCCACUGCUCCUGUUCCAGCCGAGCAAAAUGACGCUUUUCAGCGAGUUCAUGCAAAACCGCGAGCUGGCACUUCCGCCCUCAAAAAAGUGGGAGGUCGCGGACGAGGCGUGGAACUCGGCCUCGCUCACUGCCGCCCACCUUCCGCCGGCGCCUUCCGGCGCUCCUCAGCGUCGCCCACCGAUUGUGGUCGUCGUUGUGGCAUACCCAGCUACACCCCUCACCUCGACGCGCGUACGCUUCUGUGUCAGCUCAUCACACACCAAGGACGACAUCGACGACGUGCUGCGCGCGUGCGACGAAAUCGGCUCGACUAUCGGCCUAAAGUACACGGACGGCGGCCCCGGUGGGCGCUGGACGAUCGACCAGGUCACGGCGCACCCGAUGGCGCUCGUCGCGUGGAACGGCACCGAUCCUCUGCCGCCGCCAUAG